AUGAUACCUGACUCGUUUCUUGCAAGGAACGGUAUUUACACCAUUGCCGUUUUGCAGACAGCAGUCGCACCACUUGCGUUUGUGUAUUAUGUCUACUACCUCGUUGUUGAACGACCCUUAUUCAGCACCAACGUUGCCAUGAUCGAUUCAACAAUGUAUUACUAUUUUGCCUUUGAGCUUUUAUUCUACGUAUUCUUUCAAAUCACACGAAACCGCAUGCAAUGCACACUGCCACCGGUCCAUCCCAAUGCAAAGGAACGACGCACCUUGUACUACAAUUGUAUCACCAACAUUCGCAACAUUGAGGAAUGGCUCACUGGAUGGUUCAUGAGAGCACACGAUCCAUCACAGCAUCCUUCUAUUCACGAGAUUUGUCGCGAAAAUCUCGCCGAAUGGAUUGCUUGGGCCUUUUUUGCAAAACCCCUGGAGACGGUCUUGGAGGAUGAGACAGCCACAGAGGAAUUGUAUUGGAUGAUUGAUCAUUUUGCUGCCAAAUUCAUGCUCGAUAUCAAACCCGGCUAUGAUGAAGAUAUUGUUGCAUUUCGAUUGACCCUUGAUCCAGUACAAGCAUACCAUCGACCACUCGCAUUUUACGUAUUCAUCAUGUCCAUGACGUACCUCACAUCGCUUAUACUCAAAGCAUGGGGAUUGCGUCGUUUUGGACCCGACAUACAAUCGUCGCUUUCAUUGUGGUGGAGUGAUUCGCAUCAACAGCAACCAAACAAUAACAACGCACAAUCCGAAUCAAUCGUAUACUGGUUUAAAGAUGGUGAUCGUUCCAAAAAACCCAUCGUUUUCAUUCAUGGAAUUGGCCCUGGCUUUUUGCCCUACAUCAAGUUUGUGCAUAACUUGUUGCAUCUUGGUGCACCUGUUUUCUGCGUGGAACAACCCCACGUUGCUAUGCGAUGCAUUGAGCAAGUACCUACCAUGCAGGAUACUGUACGUGAUAUAGAGCGAAUGCUUCAUCACCAUGGAUUCCACGAUGCUGUCUUUGUUGCCCAUUCGCUUGGUACUGGUGUCGUCUCUUGGGCAGUACAGCAUAUCCCAAAAUCGGUCGCAGCCAUGGUGUUGUUGGAUCCCAUUUGCUUCAUGCUCCAUUACAAAGACAUUUGUGUUAAUUUUGUUUAUCGUAUACCUAAGACUGCAAGCGAGUCCAUUGUCAAGUUCUUCGCCUCUACAGAGCUCUACAUUUCAUAUUUCAUUUCACGGCAUUUCCACUGGUUUCAAAUGGCACUCUUUGCUACGCCUUCGCACACAUUGGGCAAAAAUCAAAUGUUUGGUACAACCACCCUGCCACGAGCAACCAAAGUGUUCUUAUCAGAGAAUGACAACAUUGUCAAUUCUGAGCGAGUUGAUGAGUACCUAUGCGAUACUGGUAUCGAAUCAACGGUGAUGAAAGGCUUGGAUCAUGGAUGGUUUCUCUUCAAGUCUACAUGGCAAAAAGAGAUCAUUGAUGCCAUUGCCAGUUAUUCUUCGGGAGAGUUGUGA